AACGACGUUUUGAACGAUGUUUUGAACGAUGUUUUGAACGAUGUUUUGAACGAUGUUUUGAACGUUCUCUGCAGGAAAUUUGGUACUUAUGCAAUAUAGAGAAACAGCAACAAGAUGAACAUUUUACCCAAAAAAAGUUGGCAUGUGCGGAACAUCGACAAUAUUGAGCGAGUACGUCGUGAUGAAGAAAAUGCAAGAUUAGAAGAACAGGAAAGAGAAAGAAGGAAAGCUCUGGCAGAGCAAGAGGCCAGAACAGCCUUACUACGUGGUCGUGCUACCAGAAAGCAACUCAAAGAUGAAACAUGCCAUGAAAAAGCAGUUGUUACAGUUGAUAACAAACCACAACAUCUUAAUUUGUUUGCUGACAUUGAAGAGAAGCUCAGUCAUGGAAACAACCGUGAAUAUGAAGCUGAGAAAAAAGCUGAACAGGAAAAAAGGGAAAAAGCCAUCGGCCUUUUAACUUACCUUGGACAGAGUGAAAGAGAUGCACAAGGUGCAAAGCCAUGGUAUGUCAAAUCACAUCAAGAGAGAAUGAACCUUAAUGCCACAAGUGAAAGCUCUAAAGAAAGUGACAGAAAGAAGCUAAUGGAUCCGCUGCAAAACAUGAGCAAAUUCCUUGAAGCCAAGAAUUCUAACAAAAGAGACAAAGACAGGAAACACAAAGAUAAGCACAAGAAACAUAGAGACACUGAAAAGAACUCUAAAACACAUCAAAAGAAAAGUGUUGAGCAAAUGAGAAAAGAGAGAUUAAGACGAGAGCAAGAAGAACAUGAACGAGAAAGGAAGCUGCUUGCGUCUGUGAGAAGAGAAAACAAUAAUAAGGCCACAACUGAUCUUACUGAUGGCCAGGAAACCUCUAGGUACAAUUCUCAAUACAAUCCAGAGUUAGCCAGAAGACCUAGGAAUGAUCGGCGUUACCGACCAUAUUAGGUUAGGACUUCGUCGAAAACUACCGAAAAUGACCGACUCCUUCAAGUAAGUUUGCCGAAGAGAUCCGAUUAGAAUCACGAGUUCUCCGAAUAUUGUCGACCACUAUAAGCAAGUUUACCGAGCCAGAGGAGAGCCCAUUUCUCUCAGCAAGUUGACCACAGGAGUAUUGAGACGAGCAAGUUCAACAAUUUCAGUGAGUUUGUGAAAGUGAGCGGCCAACCAUGAUGAUUGGGUAAGUCAAAGUUUGGGGACAUUCGGUGAGAGACAUCUGAAAAUAAUCCAAGAACUGGCCAAGGCCAAUCAUCGUAUGGAAAAGAACCAAAAACCUACGGGUACUCCAUUUUGAUUAAAGAUGGUGACAAUGUGCUACAACAAGCUAGCUAUAACAUAUUAUUUUUUUACCACAAUUGCUACUGAUCUCGCAAUCUGAUUGGCUAAUUUGCCGUUGUCGAUAAGAGU